AAUCUAAAUUCAAUAAGAUCGGAUCUAUUGCAUUCAUUUCUUGGUGAUGAUCUGAAUUCUCAGAAGAUGAUGGAUAAUUAUUUAAUAAAGAGCGAGGUGAUGGAUUACUUCCUCUUGCAGAUAAAGAUAAAGGCAUCGUAUUAAAAUUCGUAUUAGAAUUAGGACCCAGAUGAUGAUUAUACCCAUUCAAGACAUGUAAAGCGGGUACAGGAUUCGUACUGGAGUCUGGCCAAGUUGGACCAGGUUGGUAAGGUAGUGUGUUAGCAUGAGCUUGAUCAGAUCCGAAAGAUGGGAUCGAAUAAGAAGGUGAAUGAGCAAGAAUAGGUUCUCUUUGGUCUUCUGUUCUUCGAUCUUGAUGAUGACGGUUCAAACUCCAAAACUUUUCAUUAUGUGAUUUGAGAUCUUGAAUAGGACUGAUCAAGAAUCGAUCAGAAGCAGCUGAAUGUAAACCACCUGUUUGAUGAUCUGGAUGAGCAGUCAAACCAUUCGAUUCAUGAUGAUGAUGAUGAUGAUGAUCAAGAUCUAAGAGUGUAUCAUCAUGAUAUAAUCCAUGAUCACCAAAAUCAGAACCCAUCUGUAGAUCAUCUUCAAAUUCCCUUUGUUGAUCUCUGGAACGUUUCCUUUUCAAAACAAAGAACCCACAAGUUCCAAUCGCAAUGACCAAAGCCGCUCCGAUUCCCAAGAUAACUCCCACUAAUGCACCUGUGUUUGAAAGCCAAUGGUUUGAUGAAUUUGAAUUGGAUGCAUUUAAAUUAGGAUUCGUCACUUGAGUGGGUUUCAAAAGUACGGUUGAGAAUGAAGUGAGUUGAGUAAAAGGUACUAGAGUGGUGAUAGUUUGAAUACUACCAUCAGCUUGAGAUGAUAAGAUAUGAGAGACGGAUGAAAGGAUUUGAGUGAAGAUCAAGUUGGUGGUGAUAGUUUGAGUACUGGUGAAAGUUGAAAGUUGGGUAGUUAACCUGAUUGAAGUUGAGGUGACAGUGAUUGAAGUUGAACUUUCGAUUAAAGUAGUUGAUUCGAUUGAAGUUGAAGAUGGAGAUGGAGCUGAAGUUGAAGUUUGAAGAUAGAGUUAAAGUAGGUAUGAUUGAAGUUGCUGUAGUAGGGAUCGGAAUGAAAGUUGAAGUGAUGGUAGGAAAUGAGAAUGGAAUUGAAGAUGAAGUAGGGAUUGGAUUGAUUGAAGUUGAAGUAGGAAAGAAUGAAGUAGGAUCAUUGGUUGGUAAAUCUAAAGUUGAAGAUGGUAUUGAAGUUGAAAUGAAAGUUGAAGAUGGUAUUGAAGAUGGUAUUGAUGAAGUUGAGAUUGAAGUUGAGAAUGGUAUUGAAAAUGAAGUUGAUAGUUGA